CACGUAAGCCGCCAACGAUGGGGGCGGUUAACAUCAACAUCAGGCGUGUCUUCAAUUCCCUCCCCCGUUGGUGGCUGGUAAUCGGGGUUUGCUCGGGACUUUUCAGAUUUCACCACAUUUCCUGCCACCGUCUUCGAAGGUUACCGGUGAUGAUUUUUCUCAUCGACACAUCCAGCCCAGAUUGUGAUUGAAGUUUUUUUUUUUAAUGAAAAGUGUUGAGAUGAAUGGUUCCAACUCCUAGAAUGAAUCCUCAAGAUCAAGAAGUUCCAACAGUUGUGAGUGAAUUGGGUAGACUGGGUUGCCUCUUUGGAACAUCGAUUUCUUCACCUCCGUAUCAACUUCAUCCGGAACAUUACAAAUGUUUCAAUUCAGGAGUAUUCCCAGCAGACUGGCGAGAGCCAUGGCAUCAAGAAGGAAACAGCUGCGAAACAGAUGAUGGAGAGCAAUAUGUACCAGCAGCUGAAUAUCCUCAACCAUAUACUAGUACUUCAAAUGAAGUUAAACCAGAGAACAUGACAGUACUUCAUUGUGGUAUCAAACAAUUGGCAUACCCAAGCACCCAGAACUCCGAGAGCUUCGAAAACACGUAUUCCCACACCCAUCAACAAUCUGGAUGUACUUACCCAAGUCCAAUUUACAAUAGAUCGAAUUCACCAUUAAGUAAAAAUGGCGAUCAACAAGCUACACCUGCAAUCUUCACUUCUUCUCCUCCAAGCUCGGUUCACUUACCAAUUAAACAAGAACCUACAGAAGAAAACAAUGUACGACUAUUCGAUAAAAACAGAUGUGAUCAAACAAAAACUCCACAUAAGAAUCAAUAUAAUUCAAUAAAUAUCAACAAAUUAGAGAAACAAGUCGAAGAUAGAAGAAACGAUGCUAAAAUGAACAGUUUAAACAUAUCAACAGGCCGUCGGGGUUCUCUACAACUCUGGCAAUUCCUCGUAGCGCUUCUUGACACCCCUGACGCCAGUGCAGGAUGCAUAGCAUGGACUGGUAGAGGGAUGGAAUUCAAACUGAUAGAACCAGAAGAGGUUGCCAGAAGAUGGGGUGCCCAGAAAAAUCGCCCAGCUAUGAAUUAUGACAAACUGAGCCGAUCUUUGAGGUACUAUUACGAAAAAGGGAUAAUGCAGAAAGUAGCGGGAGAAAGAUAUGUCUACAAAUUCGUCUGCGACCCAGAAGCACUUUUCACGAUGGCUUGGAACGGAGCGACAUCUGAAGGAUCCCUAAGAAGCCAUUCAGUUGGACAUUCGGAUAGUAUUUGCGGUAAAAACGAUGCACAUCAUAUUGCUUACACAGACAUGCUCAAUUUUUACAACUGUGGAAUUACACACUCCUAUCAACAUCUCCAUCCGUAUUUACAAGAAUCUAAACGAUCCAGAUACCCUUGAAAGUGGAAAUGUCACAUUUGUAGAAUAGAGAUUUUAUCUUUUUUUUUAUUGUAAAGAUCAUAAGCGCCUAGUUUUCGAUUCGUAGAAAUAUUUUAUUCAGGAUUUAUAUUUCUGGUGAAAAAUGCAUUAGAAGUUGCAUUUCGCCCCUUUAAUAUAAGACAACAAAUCCAAUAUAAUAUUCACAGGUAGCCUUUUCAUCCGUAAAACAUUCCUUCAAUGCAACUCUUCAAAAAUUUUUAGAAAUUUUUUUUUCUAAUUUUAAAAGUAUGUAACUUUUCAAAGAAAGGCCUAAGAGCUUUGGAUUUCAUGAAAUAUCCCCUUUAAUUUUCGUCAAAGAUUCAUCCCCUAAAAAUGUUCGUAAUCGCCAGCCUGUAUAUUAAACUAUUGAAUUUUAUCAAUUUGUACGCCAAAUUUGUAUAGUUCAUGUUCUAACUGUUUAUUGGAAAUGAAGAAAAUAAGAAAAAUGUUCAAAAAUAUGUCAUCCUAUCGUCAUUUUCCGCUCUUUAUAAGCCAUGGCUGGGAAAAGCAUUCAACAUAAUGUUGUGAAUAUCUACUUCUACUUACAAUUUGUAGGUUUACUGGAACCAAGGGGAAAAGUAAAAAAUGAUUCUUAUGUUACGGGUAAUAGUUCAUAGAUAGAUACCUUUCACAUACAUCAAUUUAUAUUUCUUCAGUAUUUUUAGCAUU